ACCCGGUCGUUGGUUAUUAUUUGGAUUGUUGGAUUGAGAGAAGGUCGAGCGCUUGGAUCGUUUGGGGCUUCAGGAAGAAGAAGAAAAAAAAACCAAGAGAGAAAAGAGCAAUUGGGACAUUUCAAAAGGCAGAAAAAAGUCAUCGAUUUGGUCAAGAGAAAAUUUAAGAGGAAACCGCCAAAAUGGGAAGACUUAUUAAGAACCACUGGGCUAGACUCAUCGCUCUCACCGCCGCAGCUUACCAAAUUGCUGCCGCGCUCGAGUCGUUCUUAUGGCCUAAGAUUUUCUUCGACUUCCUGACGAAAUCGCUAGAUGGAGCCAUAAAACCGGUUCCGGCACUUCAGAUUAUAAAUCUGAUCUUGGGAGUAGCGAUAAUGGCGUGGGAAUGGCCGCUGGGCCUAAUCGCUGGAAGCGCGAUUCACCGAAGUAUCGAGGCCCGUCUCGCUACAUACCCUCUGGCUGCACUCGCCGCAGUCCUCAUAUACCAAGGCACGAACCCUGCUAUCUACUACGUGGUAGCGAUGGUCAUCUAUUUCGUGGCAUACAGUGAAGGCGAGAUUGUCUGCGCUAAACCAUGGACUCUACCGCAACGAGGCCGCUCGGGUGGCUCUAAGGCGUAAAGGUAGAACGGCGACUGCCUUUUCGCUUCGAUCGAGCAAAUGCACCCGGGCCUUGUACAAAUGUCAACUUCGGAUCUCACCUCUUUUCCUCGUUCUCACUCACGAUUAUGCGUCAGAGUAUGGCUCGGGAAAGGGCUGAGGCUGUCGUACAUACGAAAGCACAUAUCUCUCAUUUCCAUCUUCUGAGGAAUGAAUAUAUACCCCCGAUGUAUUGCACAUAUCUAUAACUCGCAUCGUCAAGCAUAAUAUAUCUAUAUAUUACAAAGAACAAAAUAUUAUUUAUGGAGAAAUACCAGUUUACUCCCAACUCUCGUCCGAUCCUCCUCGUUUUUACAUGCACGACACCGGCGUUGAUAUAACCCCCUUUUGCUUUUGAUUUGAUUUUUUCGGAUUUUUUAUAAGUCGGAGGAAUAUUGGGGGAGGGAACAGAAGAGGUGGACGAAAUCACUUUAUUUGGUAUUGCUAUUUAGGACGAGGCUAUGGUCUAUGAGAGCGCGGGUAUGAUUGCGAUUUUUACGGUCGAUGGUCAGAAUUAUAUUUGGCAGGUUAUUGUGGUUGCAGUUCCAAUGGCAAUGGCUGUGAGUCGGUGGCCCAGUCAACAU